UUGGCAGAGUAUCUUGAGGUGUUUCAGUACUUUGGCCAGGAUCGGGAGGGACGUAUUUCAACAAAGCAACUAAGACGAGCAAUGCAGAUGGUGGGACUGAACCCAACUGAUUUUCAAAUACAAACUCUUAUCAAUGAAGUGGAAUACGAUGGUCAGUAAAUUACCCUCUCAGCCAUUCAUGGUCUCCUUGUGAUACCUUUGUGCAUAUUUAUCCAAAUAGCUUAAGAGCGCCAAUGCCGUUUUCCUUUUUCAUUUGAGAGCAUCAUAACAGUCCAUCAGAUAAAAUAAAAACAUCACACGAAGCCAAAAAGAGCUCAAGGUAAAACGAGGAAACUGCCUAACGCGCGGGAAAACUCUGAUGGCCAAGUCCAGAAUGGCCUUAGUUUUGAAUCUGGAUUGGUUGCGAGAAUGGCGCUUGUUUCUUGGACCAAUCGCGGGCACCUCUCUUACUGAAGUAACAUAAGUCAGUAGGCCAUGUUAUUGCUUUGUCCUCUCGCGAUGUACUCCUUAAAAAAUUACUCAUUUGGUUUGGAUGGUGCUGUUGCUCUCGGGAUAACGUAAAGAAAACAAAAAUUGGGCAUUCCAAGACAGACUAUAGUGAUAAACUGGCAUCUUUAUUGCUGAAAGAGUGCGUCCUAUUAAUCAGCAACUGCAUAUCCUUUUUUUUCCCUUUUUUUUCCCCAGGUGACGGUUACAUGACGUUUUCUGAUUUCAUUAAAACCAUGGAAGAAUAUAAGAAACCCGACGAUAAAGUAGACCUUAUGAUGGCAUUCAAGGUGUUUGACUGUAAUAACAAAGGCUACAUUGAGACGAAAGAGUUGAGAAGAGCUUUCAUGAGACUUAAAGGAAUUACUAAACAAGAACUUGAGGAAAUUCUGGCGACUGCAAAUCUUGAAAAAGAUAGGCACAUAUACUUUGAAGGUACGAUGUGCCAGCUUAGCUUUUGAUUGUUGAAACGUAAAGUCAGAUAAAUACUCGAAACAUGACAUAUAUGAUACUAGACGUCUAACAAUCAAAAACAGCAACGACUUUAAAAUCUUAAGUAUACUUGUUUCCUAAAAACUUUAAAAAUUCAUUGGAAUGCUUUAUGUCUCAGGAAGUUUUGAUCAUUCAUUUUCAAACAAUCAUUUCUCUUUCCAUCACGUCUUUAAAAGUCUUCCGAAUUCUCCGAAUAUUCCGGUAAUAUUUUGACAUUCACGGGAACACUCUCAACAAUACUACUGGAAGUCAUUCAGACGUUUUAGAGAUUUGAAAAUUUUGAGAGAGAAAUCUAAUUAAAUGACUUUGAAAAGGUUUGAAGUUUUGAAGAAUAUCAUCAUACCAAAACGUCGUAUCAACAACACGCGAGGUGUUUGAAAAAUGAUUUCUGGUAGUCCACAAACAAAGUCUUAAAAAACAUUGAAGGGAUCGCCUUUAUAUUAAGGCAUAUGUGGACAAAAUGAUAUAUCAUCUUGAUCGUAAGUCAUAAUGAAGCAUAAAAAAAAUUAUUAAACACAAAAAUUUACCCUCUCCUUUCUGGUCCCCGAGAACUGCCCAAUUCCAUUAUCCUUUCACCCGAUUGUCUUUCUUUUCCUUUUCAGAAUUUUCAAGGCUGUUAGUACCACUAAUCAACAGAGACCUGGACAUAAUUUGCUUGUAA